AUGAACACUAAAAAUGUAACGAGAGAAGAGAAAAAGAAGGAAAAGGAGUUAAAUGAGGCAAGGAAAGCUGGCAAAGUAGAAGCCCUGAAAGAUGAAGAAGGAAAUGAUAUUAACCCUCAUAUGCCCCAGUACAUUAUUAAAGCCCCUUGGUACUUAAAUCAGACAAAACCAGGGCUGAAGCAUCAAAGAUAUAAAGGAUCAGAUAAGGUUAAAAUCGAAGAAGAAAGAAAUAAGAAAAUUUAUAUAAAGAACAAAAAAAAUGUACAAAAUUUUUGCAAAAAUUGUGGUAGUGCUGCACACAAAGAAAAAUAUUGUUUAGAAAGGACACGAAAAAAAAAAAUACAAUUUAUGAACAAAGAAAACGAUGAUGAUUAUCUUUGCGUCACUCAAGAUUUGGGGUAUGAUGGAAAUAGGGAUAGAUGGGUAGGGUAUAAUGCAAAUAAUUUUGAACAUAUAUAUAGGGAAUAUGGGAAAAUAGUUGAGGAAAAAAAAAAAAGAAAAGCAGAGGAGUUAAAAAAAAAAUACGAAAAAAAAAAAUCAAAAAAGAAAAGAAGUAAAUUAGGCGAAGAAAAAGAAGAGGAAGGAGAAGAGAAAGAAGGAAAGGAAGGGGAAAAUAACGAUAAUAAAAAUGAUGACCAGUCAAGUAGCGAAAGUGAUGAAAAUGUAGAGGAAGAAGAAGAGGAACACACACAACUACUAUCACAGCAGGAUGAGGAAGAUAGGUUAAAAGAGGAUGAUUGUACUAAGAAAAAUAAGUCAUCAAUUAAUGCUGUGAAAAAAAAUGAGAGUAAGAGUCGUAAUGUAGCAAGAAAUUUAAGAAUAAGAGAAGAUACAGCUAAAUAUUUGUAUAAUUUAAGUUUAAAUUCUGCUUUUUAUGACCCUAAGAGUAGAAGUAUGAGAGAAGAUCCAUUCGCAAACAUACGUAAAAAUUUAACUGAAGAUGAUAAUUAUUAUAAAGGAGAGAAUUAUUAUAAUAAUACAGAUGAUGCAAUUGAAUCGAAAAAAUUAGAAAUAUUUGCAUGGGAAACUUAUAAAAGAGGUGAAAAUGUUCAUUUUAAUGCUCAGCCAACUCAACUCGAAUUAAUGUAUAAAGAAUAUUUAGAAAAAAAAAAAAAACUUAUAAAAAAAAAACAAGAAGAUAUAUUAAAAACGUACAAGUGCGAAAAUUUAUCGAAAGAAACAAAAAAUGAAGAAGAGCUUGUUCAUUCAGAAAUUUACACCGAAUAUAAACCCAUAGAUCAAAUAGACACAAAGAAAAAAAAAAUUAAAGUCUUAAGUAAAUAUGAAGAAGACAUAUAUGCAUUUGAUCACACUUCCAUUUUUGGUAGCUACUAUGACAGGGACAAAAAAAAAUGGGGAUACAAAUGUUGUCUAAGUACGAAUAAAUUUGAAAAGUGCAUUCAUAUGUAA